AUGAUUGAACUUUUUUUAAGACCUUUCACAACGUUAUUACGCUUCCUUUUUUAUUGGGCAAUUUAUUUAAUAGAGAUCACUAUUUGCUUUAUCUUCGAGUUUAUUUUAUAAUUAUUAGAGUACCUUAUUCCUAUAAUUUUUGAACUAAUUUAUUUAAGUGUUAAUACAAUAUUAACAAUAAAACUGUAUUUAAUUUCAUGUUUGUGGAACCUUCUCUAUUAUUUAAUAUCAUCUCUAUUUACUUUCAUUUACUAUUUGAUUACAGUCAUUGUACCAACAAUAUUAUGGUACACAGUUAUAUUUGCCAUAAUAAUAUUAAUCAUUUAUUGUUAAUUUAAUUCAUAUUUAAACAAUGAGGACAAUAUUUAAAAUUAAUACUAUUAAGCAAAGCGUAGAUAAUCAUAGAACUCAUAUAAGGAUUAUUACUAUUUAUAAAAUAAUUAUGUAUAUAAUUCUAGAAGAGAUUUUUAUUCACCAGAGAAGACUAAAAAUUAUUCUUAAAAUAAGAGAUAAUAAUCGUAAAUAACAAUUAGACAAAAUGAAGAGGAGGAAAGAAGAAAAUAAUUAAUGAUAGAAUUAAAUGAAAAUAGAGAAAUGAUAAGUGUCUUAUAAUAAUAUAGAGGAGAAAUCUAUAAAUUAAAAAAGAGUAAAGAAAUAAGCAAAAUAGUAUUUAAAGAUGCUUUAGAAACAUGUAUUUAAAGAAUAGAGUAUCUGUAAGAUUAAGGUAAAGUACUCUUUCUUAAUUUAAUAAAUAUUUAAGAUGGCAUUUGUAGAGUAGAUUUUCAUAGAUUUUAUAAAGCUGAAAUAAAUCCUAUAUUGGAUGGUUUAUUUGAGCAAAUUCGAUUAUAUAAAUAUAGAUAAGGUUACUAAUAAGUGAAACUUAAAAUAAUUGUAGGAAAAGGUAUAUUAUUUGUUAUAAAUUUGUAGGGAAUAAUUCUAAAAAUGGUAUACCUGUUAUUGGACCAUGGACUUAGAAAUAUCUAAGAGAGUAUUUGUAGGAGGAAGUUGAAAUAACAAAUGGAUAUAUAGAGGUAUUUGUUUGA